GAUGCUAUCAAUACCAAUAAAUUUAAUUCUUUGGUUGAGGAAUUCAAUAUGUCCAAAGAACAGAAAAAAUUGCAAAGAUCAAGAUGGUUAUCCCAGAUUGUCGAGUACUUCCCAUUAUCAAAAUUAGCUGAUAUAUCAAUUGAAGAUUUAACUGAGGCUUAUAAACAUAAUAAAAUUGAAAUUGCUAAUAAAGACUUGAAUGAAGAGAAACCCGCAACUAAAAAGACCAAACUAAAUAAAAAGGGUACCAUCUCUUUAAUUGGUUCAGGGCCUGGCUCGGUCUCUUUAUUAACUCUUGGUGCUUUACAAGAAAUAUACUCUGCGGACUUGAUUUUGGCUGAUAAAUUAGUCCCUCAACAAGUUCUUGAUUUAAUCCCUCAAAAAUCAACUAAACUUUUCAUUGCUAGAAAAUUCCCGGGGAAUGCAGAAAAGGCGCAAGAAGAGUUACUUUCAAUUGGUUUAGAAAGCUUAUUGAACGGUGAAAAAGUUGUUCGUUUAAAACAAGGUGACCCUUACAUUUUCGGUAGGGGUGGUGAAGAAUUCAAUUUUUUCAUGAACCAUGGUUUUAAACCGAUCGUCUUACCAGGUAUAACUUCUGCACUUUCCGCUCCUGUAUUAUCAAAUAUCCCAGUGACUCACCGUGAUGUUGCCGAUCAAGUUUUAAUCUGUACCGGUACUGGACGCCGUGGGGUAUUACCAAACUUACCAGAUUUUGUUAAAUCAAGAACCACAGUAUUCUUGAUGGCUUUACAUCGUAUAGUUGACUUAAUUCCAAAGUUAAUUGAUGACAAAAACUGGGACCCCAACUUGCCUGUGGCCAUCAUCGAGAGAAGCUCCUGUCCCGAUCAAAGAGUGAUCAGAACUACAUUAUCAAAGACUGCUCAAGCAGUGGAAGCAUGUGGCUCAAGACCUCCUGGUUUAUUGGUCACUGGAUACUCCUGUGAAGUCAUCUUUAAAGAGCAAGACCAGUUAAAAGAAAAAGGCUGGAUCAUCGAAGAAGGUUAUGAUUAUACUAAUGAUAAUUUGAAUCAAUUCAUUUCUUUAGCCUCGACCUCAAUUAAAAAGGAUACCAACUUUAUACAACCUUCGGUGGAUGGUGCUGCUGCCACCCCACCUCCAGACACUUUCAUAACCUAACCCUUCAAUUCUUCUUAUUUAUUCUAUUGUAUAUAUCCAUUCAAAAUAAAUACUUCAA